AUGACUAACAUUGGUCUCAUGUCUUACUACCUCAACAUUGAACUAAUGCGAGAAGAUAAAGACAUCUUCAUCAUUCAAGAAAGUUAUGCUAAGGAGGUGAUUAAAAAGUUUAAGAUGGAUGACUCUAAUCCAGUCAACAUACCAAUGGAAUGUGGAAUCAAGCUAUCAAAGCAUGAGAAAGGAGAAAGAGUGGAUCCAACACUCUUUAAGAGCAUAGCUGGAAGUUUGCAGUAUUUAACAUGCACAAGGCUUGAUACUAUCUAUGAUGUUGGAGUUGUUAGUCGCUACAUGGAUAAUCCAACAACCACUCCUUUGAAGGCAACAAAGAGAAUUUUUCAUACAUUAAAGAGUAUGUAA